AUGACGAAAACAACAACUCAUCACAUAAAACCAACUUCUCUGUUACCGAAUGGUUUGAAAGAUGAUGCGAAAUUACAUCAUUCUUCUCGCCCUUCAUCGUCUCGGACGUCAACAGUACGACCAAGUAAUCACAGUAGUAGUAGUGCUAAAACUAAAUUACCAAAAGAAGGUACAGUUCGCUAUGUGAUGACAAAAUACGGCCUUGAAGUUCGUCGAUAUUCAACUGAUAAGUGGCUCAACAUCGAUCUACUCGCGAAAGAUGCUUGUACUACGCAGGAGCGAGCAUACGCCGAGAUAAUGGAAAAAAAACAGCAGUAUGAGAGAAUGUCAAAACGAAUUUAUGCAUCGGAAUAUUACGAAAAACGUUUGAGAGAGCUUCUAUUGUUUCGAAAGUCGGGUAUUAUGUCUCACGAAGAAUGGGCAAAACAAAGUUAUCAAUUGUUAUGUGUUAAAACGUUGCUUGAUCGUUCGCUAAAACAGGAACGAAAAGAUAUUUUAGUCGAUGAGAAGGCGCGUAAUGCGAGAUUAUCCCAAAGAGCAUAUCAGCAAUGGAUAGAAUCGAAGACAAAAGAAGGAAUGAUAAAUAACACACUCUAUAAUAAACGAGACUUUCUUCAUGAAAAUAAAAAGUAUGUUUGGAGAAAUCGUCAAUUCGAAACACCGGCAAAAUUUCGGCGUGACGUUCAGUCGUUCAGACUAGAGAGACCGAAUACACCCAAUACGGCGAUAUUAUUGAAUGCUAAUGAUAGUCUCUCGUCUGAUACCUGCGAUGCAUCACUUAUUAAAAGUGAAAUAUUCAAUCAAAAGACUGAGAGAAUUGAUAGAGAGAUAUCGGCAAAAAAACGUAUCAACACUAGUGAACAAACAUCCUCCCUAUUUUCAAAAAAAUCCUCGAUAUCAUCGUCAACAAUGGAACUAUUGCAAAGCCAACGUUGGUCGUUGCAUAGCAUGUUGAAGAGAAUUGUUGGUCUGGAAGAAUCCGUGCCAUCAUCAAAAGUAUCCAGUAGUAAAAACGUAAUAUCGGAAAAGAGCACGUUUAAUGAACCAUACCAAAGUGGAGGGAAACAAUCCUCGUUAACAGUAAACAGCGACAGCGGUUUUGAGUCGCUGAAUUAA